GAAAAAUUGUAAUGGGCGUGUCGAGUUCUGAAACAUUCAGACAAGACAGACACAGCGAGCAUAGCGGACAUAGCGGACAGAGCGGACACAGCGGACAGAGCGGACAUAGCGGACAUGGCGGACAUAGCGGGCAUAGCGGACAUGGCGGACAUAGCGGACAUAGCGGACAUAGCGGACAUAGCGGACAUAGCGGACAUAGCGGACAUGGCGGACAUAGCGGAAAUAGCGGACAUGGCGGACAUAGCGGACAUGGCGGACAUGGCGGACAUAGCGGACAUGGCGGACAUAGCGGACAUGGCGGACAUGGCGGAUAUGGCGGACAUCGCGGACAGACCAGACUGACUGACAAAAAUAACAAAUGUUGAGAUCUUAGAUGACCACACAUUUUGUUGAUCUUGAUCGAUAGAGUUCGUCCUUGCGAUCCUAUGUGUGCUUUGAAAAUUCGGAAGGAUAUGCCCGAGAUAUUACUUGUUUUCGUAAAAAGCCCCUUGUUGCACCCUCAAAGUAUGAAGAACAAUUUUCAACUUUCUAAAGGAUUUCGAAAAUGAAGUUAGCAUAAGUGAGCAAUAACUUCAACUAUAACCUCACGUUUUCCAACACCGAUUUGUGCUCUGUAGGAAAUAGAGAGAAGGGCCGUCUGAAGCAAUGCUUUGCGAAUAACUUCCAUGUUUUUGAUCCUAGCAAAUCCGGGCUAGGAUUUAUAUUAUGUCUCCCACGAAUGGGGUCUUCUUCUCUAAAAUUUCUCAAAAUAUACAAUUUCUUCGAAAUUUAGCGGGCGGAAGGGGCGGUGAAAAAUGGUAAUGGGCGUGUCGAAUUCUGAAACAUUUUUGUGGAUGAUUUUUCUAUGGGAAUAUAGUAACAUAAUACCAAAAACUGCAGUAAA